AUGGCGGUCGGAGGCUGCCGCUACCAGUUCCGGAUCGCGCUGCUGGGGGACGCGGCCGUGGGCAAGACGUCGCUGCUGCGGCGCUAUGUAGCGGGCGCGCCCGGGGCCGCGGAGCCCGAGCCCGAGUCCGAGUGGGCGCCCACGGUGGGCGUCGAGUUCUACAGCCGCAAGCUGCAGCUGCGAGCCGGGCCGCGAGUCAAGCUGCAGCUCUGGGACACCGCGGGCCACGAGCGCUUCAGGUGCAUCACCAGGUCCUUCUACCGGAAUGUGGUGGGUGUCCUCCUGGUCUUUGAUGUGACAAACAGGAAGUCCUUUGAACAUAUCUGCGACUGGCACCAGGAGGUCGUGGCCACUCAGGGCCCGGACAAGGUGAUCUUCUUACUGGUUGGCCACAAGAGUGACCUGCAGAGCACCCGCUGUGUCUCGGCCCAGGAGGCAGAGGAGCUGGCUGCCUCCCUGGGCAUGGCCUUCAUGGAGACCUCCGCCAAAAAUAACUGCAAUGUGGACCUGGCCUUCAGCACCCUUGCUGACGCAAUCCAGCAGGCCCUGGAUCAGGGGGACAUCAAGCUGGAGGAGGACUGGGGGGGCGUCCGGCUCAUCCACAAGACCCAAGUCCCCAGCGCCCCCCCCAGGAAGCAGCCCCCAGCGCUCCCGAGCCUGGACGCGGAGACGCGCUGAGUCUGGACGCUGCUGCACAGGCGAGGACUGGGCAGGGAGUUUCAGGGCAAGCCUACCUGGGAGCCUCCUUAGGUUCUCAGACUUGGAUGAGUCUUAAAUGUGUGCCCUGAACCUCAGGAUCGCUGCCCAGUGCCCCUACUCCAAGGCCAGGUGCUGGAUCUGGAUCUGGGAGGCAGGGAUGAAGGUGAGCGAGCAUCUCCUAGGUUGGGCACAUAGUGGACACUGUGAUGAGGCACCAAGAUGUCCCUACAGGGCUGCAGACCCCACAGCCUUCUACCCCCACCCCUAAAACACCCCCUCCCCCAGCUGCUGGGAGUGCUGCCGAUGAUGGUGGGCUCACAGCACCCUCUGGGAACUGCCUGCCCCUCAGGGUUGCCUACAUCCGGUGUUGAUCUGUUGAAUCUGUUGGGGGGUGGGGGAGUGUUUAAAGGCCCGGUUCUCUUGCCCCAGCUCGGAAGCUCAAACCCAGCUUCAUCACUCUUCGUGGGGCUGAUUGAGGCCAUUGUUCUUACAACAUCACAGCUAAAUUCUUCCUCUGCUCAGUCCCACUUUCCUCCCUUCCUCCCCCAAGCAGGUAUUGAUCUCAAGAACCCUCUAAUCAAUGUCUGCUCGCUAAUCCUCAGCUCAGCAAUUGCCUCCUGGGGAACAGGAACAGCUAGGCAGAGAAUGUCCUAGGGCAAUCAGGGAGGGUUUCCUGGAGAUAGUGUUUAUGUUGGUAAGAAUCUCAGCGCGCCUGGGUGGCUCAGUUGGUUAAGCGACUGCCUUCGGCUCAGGUCAUGAUCCUGGAGUCCCGGGAUCGAGUCCCACAUCGGGCUCCCUGCUCAGCAGGGAGUCUGCUUCUCCCUCUGACCCUCUUCCCUCUCAUGCUCUCUAUCUCUCGUUCUCUCUCUCUCAAAUAAAUAAAUAAAAUCUUUAAAAAAAAAAAAAGAAUCUCAGCAGGUGUAGAGGGGGUGUCAUUCUGCUAGUAGGCACAGAAAGGGCAGGAACAGUUCCACAGCAAAAAAGAGCACAGCCACUUCACUCACUUUGUGACCUGGGGCUUACGAGGGUCUCGGAUUCCUCCUCAGCAUCAUGUAACUGAUAAUCCCUUCUUCCUAGGGUUCUUGGGAGGUUUCCAGUCAGGGAGGGCUUCUUAGCUUCCUCCCCAUGGGGCUGGGCCAGGGUGGGUCUCCCUUUGCACUGCCUCCUCCCUACCUCCUCUCUUAAAACAGUCAUCCCUCAUCCUUAUGAUAGUCUUGCAAGGUUGGCACGGUUACCCUCAUUUCACCAAUGGGGAAGCUUGGAGAGGGAGAGAGAAAUGACUGACUUGUUUUUGAGAAUGUUAUCAUUCCUUCAUCAAUUAAAAAAAA